AUGUCGCACACUACCCCCGCAACGUACCUCGUGUGGGCUAUCAUGUCUUGUUUGCUCGGCUGCUUUCUUGUCUACCAUCUGUGGAAAUACGACAAGUUUCGCUGCAUGAGAUGGAACAACGGCCCUUACUCUGGGGCCUUCAAGCGACUCAUGACGUAUACGUAUCUAUUCAGCGUGCCAUGUAUAAUGGCAUAUGCGCUCGGUUUUGCGGUGAUAAGUAUCAGGAGGGCUUCAUUGACAUUCCUUUCUACGGCAGUAUUUGUACCCAAACCAUGGCAAAUGUGGAGUCCCCUUCACAAGUCCGCUAUCCUCCCGCUCUAUUUGCUCUUUACCAUCGGUUGGAGUUUUGAACUAGUUACGCACCUCGAAGAACUGUGCUUCUGGCUCUUCCUCAUCAACUCCGGCUCGGACUUGGAUUGUGGCUCCGUCAUUGCCCUCACGUACAUGCCCCUCGUCACAAUCUUCACCCGGGAAGACCCGACCAAGUGUGAGGCUUUCACGUUCCUCGCCGGAAGCCUGGGCAGCCUUUCCCUCACUCUCUGGUUCAUGCCUAUACUCUGGGCGUUCCCUUCGUUCUGUGAAAAGCUGAAGCGCCAUGGAGUCGAUAAGCAAACGCUCACCCGUUUGGCGACUUUCCACGAGCUCAACUGCCUCCGUGUCGUCUUCCGCUUCCUGUUUGUUGUCCCCCUAUUGAUCCUCGCCGUCGACGGUGUGCGCCCCCAUCAGCACGUCAAUGAGAGCCCAUUCUGGACAGAAAUGCUCACCUCCCUUGCCGCCAUCGGCUGCGUGGUCUCAUCCGCCAUCACACUCGUUGUCUUCUUCCCCCGCUCCAAUGAAGCCUCGGCCGAGUCUCGCCACGCGACCUUCGAGAAGUCGGCCCAACAAGGCUACUCGCGCCCGCGCGGCGACUCCCACUACUCUGACCACUCCCACUCUCGGGGUGGUGCUUCUCCGCUCCCGCCGAAGUACCGUUACAGCACCGGCACGGACGAAGAACGCGAGAGCGCCUUCCCAGUGUCGCCCGCGCUAGACUACCCCCUCUACCCCCCCGCGGCCCCGAGCACGGAGGACCACCACGACGGCCGGCGGUUGGUCAAGGUCGACCCGGGCUUGCGCGGGAUGAGGAGCGCAGUCGAGAGCCCGUCGCCGACGUUCUCCCCGAACCGGCGCGGCGCCUCGGGCGUCAUCCUCGAGGGCCGCGUGUGCGCGCCGCAGCUGACGGAGAGCGCGCUCGCGGCGCACAACGGCACGCAGGCGGGGGUGAAGGACGUCCACCCGUUCUUGCACAACUUCACGAGCCCAAUCGACAUCAUGCACAGUCAGCCGAAACGGUGGUACGUCAAGAAGCAAGACCACCCGAACGGGUACAUCAUCUGA